ACACACACACACACCCACACACAGACACACACUCAGCUCCCAUUGAAGAGCAGUGGACACAUCCUGACCUACUGGAAGUGUUGUUGUUUUUGUGCUGCAGACUGAGACUGUGCAGACAGACGGACAUGUUACCAAAGACCCGCCUCGGGAAGCGUUCUCCAUUUGGUGAGUCUGUGAGCUCCACCUGCACGACGGCAGGGAACCACACUAACCUGCAGACAGGUGAGACUGGCAUCACCAUGGCAACAGCAGCAGGACCACAGGCCGUGAGCCGAGUCAGACGUCAUCCCGGACUGAAGGUGUAUUUUCAGUGCGGAGGAGGUGAGUCUCCGGGUCGGGUGGAUCAGCUGGACCUGAUGAAGAGUGAAGAUUCUGUGUGGUCUCAUCCCUCCUCCUCCUCAGUGCCUCCGUCCAGCAGCAGAUGUGUCUCCUCCUGCAUCGACGUCCCCAGGAGCCAGAGGAGUCCACAGGACGUGGACAUGGACGAGCUGAUGGCGGCGAUGGUUCUCAGCAGUUUGUCCUGCAGCCCUUUGCUGCACAGCCCGGCCAAUCCAGAGCCGCCAGCUCCGCCGAUGGACUGUGGUGGCGGCGAGCUCUCUGACAGCAGCAGCGGCUACUGGAGCGUCGGCCACACCAACGGAAGCCCGGCCCCCUCUCCACCAAUCACAGAGCCUGACGCCAGCCCGGCCACGCACCCUGACGAGGGGCUGGAGAUGGAGCUGGAGCAGGUGCUGUUUGACGAGCCGGCGCCGCGGAAACGCAGGAACUCGGUGAAGGUGGCGUACAGGUGUCUGUGGCCCACCUGCGGGAAGGUGCUGACCACGGUGGUGGGAAUCAAACGUCACAUCAGGACAACACACCUGUGCCGCGGCAGCGAACACGAGCGUUGUUCUCGCAGCGAGGAGGAUUUUUACUACACUGAGGUCGCCCCGCGACAGUCUCCUCCCCAACCUCUCCUCUUUGGCCCCGCCCCCUCCUCACCGACCAUCUCACCUGCUCCCUCCCCCCCCCCGAGCACUGCCCCUCCAUCUCCCCCCUCCUCGACCUACGACGCUCUGAGUCGCUCCGCCCCUUCCUCCUCCGGCAGCAUCUGGCAGGUCCAAUCAGAGCACUCCUACCAGGCUCAUGUGGUUUCAGAGGCAGCUUCAAACGUGACUUCCUGUCGUUGGACAGCUCCGCCCUCCACCUGCCACAGCAGACAGGGUUUGGCGUUUCGGGUGCGUUCGGUCAGCGUAGGAGAGCAGUGGCUGCAGCACCAGAGCGCCCCCUGCAGGAGGAUUCGUGGUGAAGCCAAGAAGUGUCGUAAAGUUUACGGCAUCGAGCACAGAGAUCAGUGGUGCACGGCCUGUCGCUGGAAGAAAGCCUGCCAACGCUUCCUGGACUGAACAGAGGAGGAGAAGUGGGACUCGUACUUUCUUACAUCUGAAUCCAGAUUCUUUUUAUACUCUUUCUACAUUUGCUAAAGGUGUCUUUUUAUUGUUGAAUGUGUAGUUUGUAGCUGAACCCGUUUCCUGUUUUAAUGAAAAUAUUUGAGGCAGCUAUGAUGUGACCUUUGACCUUUGAGGCAGCUGAGCGUGUUUUUGCAUCCGGUCGACUCUCCUCAGGUUUUCUGAAAAAAACCAGCGUCUGUGUCAAGAUCAGAGAAAUAAAUAGUAAUAAUAAUACGAAUUUGUAAAUGAAGAUAAAGCCAAAAUAUCCCAGAUUCCAACACUGCCAUCUUGUGGCGAUGACGUCAUUUGGGUCAGAGUCUGUGGUGAUUAGGGGAUGGAGUCCACGGUCAUGAGGUCCCGCGCACUCGACCUAUCGCGAGUCAGUCUCACCUGUCAAUCAUGACGUCUCAACCUAGUUUUUUCAUCAUCAGAUAACCAUAUCCAGCCACCAGGGGGCAGGCUGCAGUGACUGGGCUUCACUUUAGGGAGCCGUCAUGUCGUCCAUCUUUAUUAUCAGUCUUUGUGUCAGUGUAAACGCUUGGACCUGAUUGGUUGAGACGUUGGCGUGUAUAAUGAGCUGGUGGGUUAUCUGCAUUAGCCCCUGAGCUAACUGACAGUGAGCUGGUUAACUGACAGUGAUUAACUGACAGUGAGCUGGUUAACUGACAGUGAUCUGGUUAACUGACAGCGAGCUGGUUAACUGACAGUGAGCUGGUUAACUGACAGCGAGCUGGUUAACUGACAGCGAGCUGGUUAACUGACAGCGAUCUGGUUAACUGACAGCGAGCUGGUUAACUGACAGCGAGCUGGUUAACUGACAGCGAGCUGGUUAACUGACAGUGAGCUGGUUACCUCUGAGGGUUUUAUCCCUCUGCAGUGACUUUUUAUUAAACUUAAGUACGUGUCAGUGUAAACAGCAGAGAACAGCGAGAGGAGAAAGGAUUUCAGAAAACUGUUGGGAUGGACCAACACUGAAGCUCCGUCCCUCAACACGUCCACUCAGCUACGUCUGGUGUCCACACGACUCUGGAGUUUUAAAGUCGCUAAAACUGAGACGUUCGGAAACGUUGUUGGUCUCGUUUUAGUUAGAAAACUCCGGGGCUGCGUUUUAGUCUGGACGAACAGAAGCAGAAAUGUUUGGAAACGAUGUUGUAGACGCUCACAACCUCUUGCUGAUUGGAUCUUUUCUGUCAUGAUGUAGCCUUCGCUGAUUGGUCGGGCUCCUGUCACAUGACAACCAGCAUCCGCCUCAGCUGCCAGAGUAGAACACAACACUAGAAUCAAGUGUUACUGACCCAGUUGGCUUUGCUAACAGCUGUUGUGCAGUUCGGUUCUGUAUUUUUCAAUGACACUACUUCGUACAUGUGGAGGAGGCCAGAUGUUAUUUGAACAAACUGUGACAACUCCGCAAUUGAUAACCAAAUAAUUCCUGUUUUACCGACUCGUGCACAACAAGUGUACGUGAGUUUUCAGGCGUGUUAGUCGGGGAUUAAAAUUGUCACAGAGCCAAGACACUCGUGUGGACAGGGACUGGUUUAGUCUUAAAAUGUCGCCGUACGGAUGUAGCCUAACUUGUCCACGUCCUGAUUGACCUGGGCCCCAACAGGCUCCGGGUCCAAAUAUGGUUACUUCUAUUUUUUUUUUUUUUAAACCAAGAUGGUGCUCGACAAAAUGCCAAACUAAAGACUUCAAACGGCAGCUCACAAACCAAAUGGUGACGUCACAGCGGGACAAAGUUCAACUUCACGUGGGGUUUGACUGGUCGUGCGUUGUUGGGACUCGCAAUAAUUCGCUUUCAUUCUGAAGCCGUCAAACAUUUCAUCACAUCGGUCUGGUCUUGUUAACGUCCUUGGUGUCUCCACGGUGAUUUCGUACACGUCACUGUAAAUAUCAUGGUUUCGUUUCUCUUCAGCUUUGUUUGAAGGCAGAAGCCAUGUCCACUCCUGUGAUGCAGCCUCAUGCAGUAUUGAUCCACACGUUUCAUUACAAAUAAAAACACAUAUUCCUAUAUAUUUCAUCAUAUCUUCUUUAUCCUGGUGUGUAUACACAGAUAUAUAUACUGGGUCCAUAUAGCCAAUAAUGAUUAUUCUUUAAGUCUUUAGAAGGCGUCAUUAAUGCAGAACCAGGUUCAUUUGCAGUAAAUGGAGAAAAGUUUUAUUUAUCUUCUACAUGUUGUUGCUUUAUGUAAAUGUUGAUCAUUGUAAUCGUAUCAUUUUUCAGAUGCACUCUUUUAUACAUGUGAAAUCCUGAUGUUCUUUUAAUAAACUGAACGUACUGAGAAA